CCAUCAGGUUGCUGGUCUCCUCUGCUGCUAUAAAAUUCUCCUCACCGGAUCUUAUAUCAGCGAUGAUACGGUACUUUGUUUAUAAUGGGAACUUGGGCCUUCGAAAUCACCCAAAUCGAGAUUAUUACUCCUCAGCUGCUUUACCACGCCAUCUCCAAAGCAUCGAUAUUUGGCACGCAUUCAAGAUACAACUCCCCCAGCCCAAUGCUUUCUAUCCUCCUGCACAAACUCGGAUCCAAUGCACCCCCCCAACAGCACAGCAAGGUGGUAUCUAUUCAACCGUCCUCAUCGACAUGGAUCAAGAAUUGCUGGUCUCAGAUAUACGACGUUACCGAGUUGGGGAAAUCCGAUUUGUGUUCGCCCUCUUUGAGUCUCAAGACUGCAAUGGCUGUGAGCGUUUCAAUUUAGGCCCUUUGUUCGCUUACGUCCACUGGUUCAGUCCGAUCUCUAAACCCAGUGUAAGUAGCCGCUUCCGCACGGUAAAAAAGGAGGUAUAUCGUGACAUACCAGAUGGUGGGAUUGUUCCCCUCUCCAACAUUGUGGUACCAUGCCCUUUAGCGCCAGUUCUUCCUGGGCGUCUCCAGAAAGGUAGCAUACGCUCCGCGACCUGCAUGGAGACAGAGUUGGAGUUCUAUAUUAAUCCUUUUGCGAGUCACAUUGAUUAUGAACUGUAUGCGUAACUUCUUGAUUCCAUAUGCAAUAGCUAUAUACAAUGGUAAUG